GGAAGUUGUCAGCUGUUUGCAUGAGAUGAGUAAAUCCAAAAGCUUCUUCAAAAACCUCAUCAAGCCCUUUGCAUCCAACUCAAGAAGAGACGAAAGCGAAGCGGACUUGGAGAAUAUUGCAGCACAAGAGCAGAGAAAUUUUCCCUUUGAGGUUCUUGUUGCAGCAACCAAGAAUUUCCACCCCUCUCUGAUGCUUGGUCAAGGGGGUUUUGGUCCAGUUUUCAAGGGAAACUUGGUUGAUGGGCGAGAAAUAGCUGUGAAGAAGUUGUCGCAGAGAUCAGCUCAGGGGAAAGACGAGUUUAAGAACGAGGCGAAGUUGUUGGCAAGUGUGCAGCACAGAAACGUGGUGAAUUUGUUGGGGUACUGUGUCCAUGAUGCAGAAAAACUGCUUGUUUAUGAAUAUGUGGUUAAUGAGAGCCUUGAUAAGAUUCUUUUCAGGUCUGAUAAACGGGAAUUGCUUGAUUGGAAGCAGAGGCAUGACAUUAUAGUAGGCACCGCAAGGGGCUUGCGUUAUCUUCAUGAAGAGGCUCCCCGUUGCAUUAUACACCGGGACAUCAAGGCCAGCAAUAUCCUACUUGAUGAUAAAUGGGUUCCCAAGAUUGCUGAUUUUGGCUUGGCUCGUCUCUUUCCUGAAGAUCAAACAUACGUUAAAACCCGUAUAUCUGGUACCACUGGUUACUUGGCUCCGGAGUAUUUCAUGCACGGAAAUCUUUCUAAAAAGGCAGACGUUUUCAGCUUUGGGGUUGUGGUUCUGGAGUUGAUAAGUGGACAGAAAAACUCGACUUUCAACCGAGAUCCUGAUUCAGAUAACCUGCUUGAAUGGGCAUACAAGCUUUACAAGAAAGGAAGGAGCUUGGAAGUUAUGGAUCCUACAUUGGUGGCAUCAGCAGAUCGUGAUCAGGUAGCAACCUUCGUACAGAUAGGCUUGCUCUGUGUCCAGUCCGAGCCACAAUUACGUCCUGAUAUGGAUCGUGUGGUGGUAAUACUAUCAAGAAAGCCAAGCAAUCUUGAAGAACCAAAUAGACCUGGAUACUAUGGGUCCAGAUACGGGAGACAUCAUGGUGGAACCACAUCAUCAGUCACUACAAGUUCUGAUUUGUCCAGUUCCCGAUCCUCUGAGUUCACAAAUACACGUACUGCCACAUUAACUGCAAGUACAUCAGGACAAGCCACAAGCAAUCAUGAAGAACCAACUAGACCUAGACGAUAUAGUAGACAUCGUAGGGCAACUGCAUUAUCUUCAACUACUGACUUGUCCAGUACUCGAUCCUCUAAGUCCACGAACACACAUACUGCCACAUCAAGUGCAAGUACAUCACGACAAGCCCCAGGUGAUGGAAAAUAGUCGGCUGAAAGAUUAGGCCACUGGUUAUAGGAAAAUAUUCUUUUGUACAGGAGAGAGUUUCUUUCAUUUGUUGAUAGAUUUCGGCUUGAGAGGAUAAUAUAUAUUGAGCAACAGCUAGCGUAGAAUAUGGUUUCCACGCUCAUUCUUCUCAUGUACAUAGACAUAAAAAGAUAGAUUUAAACUAGAGAAAUGUACUCUUUUUGCCUGGAAUGAUGAUGAAAACUCUUCUUGAGGAGAUAGUACUCAGAGGCUGUGGGCA